UUCCGCUCUUGAGCGGAUCAAUCUUGGCCUUAGAAUCACGACGAUGACCUUUAAGAAAGUGCGGUCUUCUCUGUACACCCUGUCCAGAUCCAUAUAAAACGCUUCCAACAUCUCUUCUUCGUAGCUCGCUGUUCGUGCGUAGGCAACGAAGAUGGUUAGAGCUAGGGUUGAUCAAUCACGAUGCCGCCGACGCCUCUGCUGUCAUAUGUUCCAAGGAACAGUUCUUCUCCAGUCUCGAAUAAAGCGUGGAGCAGGCGAUGCCUUCCCUCCUCGUACGAUGACGUCGUACUUGAUCUUCCUAGCUUGCAUCAUUAGGUCACCUCAGACACGAUGAAUAUGUCAAUGCUUCAGCUUUUCUUUCCAAUGUUGGACAUGAAGUCACGUCGUCGAGUAUUUGUGCAACGCCACUUUCCAGAGGUUCAGAAAGAACAUGCUAA